AGCACCUUGCUGAAAUUAAAGGCAAUGUUGGUGCAUGCAAAAAAGUUUCAGCAGAUGUAAAAUGACAAAUGCAACAGUUGUUAAGUGAGAUAAGAAAAGGGAAAGAAAAGAGAAAGAGACUUGGAGAUAUGGUUGGGAGUCAAUGUGGGUCACAAACAUUUGUUGAAGAAGAUGAUGAAAUUGAAGAGAUCCCUCAAUCUCAAUCACAUGUAGCACAACAAAAGAGGAAUAUUAAUUCUUAUUUUGUACCAAGGACAACUCUUGGAGCACAUAAAACUACAAAAAGAGCUUUGCAAUCAAAAGAAAAACAAGAAGCUGCUAAGAUGGCUAUUGCUAGAUGGUGGUAUGAUGCUAAUGUGCCUUUCCAUGCUGCACGAUCAAAAUACUAUUUGUCAAUGUGGGAUGCUAUCACAUCUAUGGGACCAAGUUUCAAGGGACUAAGUUAUCAUGAUUUGAGGGGUUCUCUCUUAAAAUAUGCAGUAAAGGAGGUUAAUGAAUGGCUUUUAUCCUUGAAGUCAACAUGGAGUACUAAUGGUUGUUCAAUUCAGGCUGAUGGAUGGACAAAUCAAAGACAACAACCAAUAAUCAAUUUCCUUGUUUAUUGUCCUAGAGGAAGUAUGUUUUUGAAGUCCAUUGACACUUCUGGUUUGACAAAGGAUGCUGAAACAUUGGAGAGGAUGUUUGAUGAAGUGGUGAAAGAAGUAGGAGUGGAGAAUGUUGUGCAAUUUAUAACAGACAAUGAUGCCUCAUACAAAGCUGCUGGGAAAAGGUUGGAAGCAAAGUACAUCACAUUUUUUUGGUCUCCUUGUGCUGCCCAUUAUAUUGACUUGAUGUUAGAAAAUUUUUCUGAUGCAAGAUACUUUCCUGUGAUUGAUACUACUAUAAGAAAGGCAAGAAAAGUCACAAAGUUCAUAUAUAAUCAUUCAUGGGUGCUAGCAUUAAUGAGGAGAGACUACACAAAUGGGAGAGAUUUGUGUCAUCCUGUUGUUACGAGAUUUGCUACUCACUUUUUGAGCAUCCAAUGUUUGUUGAAAUUUAAGAAUGAACUUAGACAAAUGUUUACAAGUGAUGCAUGGGUUGCUUCUAGGUUUGCAAGAAGCAGUGUUGGGAAAGAAAUAUGUGAAAUUAUCUUGGAAGAUAAAGAAUUUUGGUUUAAUUGCAUAUUAGUUGUCAAAAUCAGUGAACCUUUGGUGAGAGUGCUUCGACUUGUGGAUAAUGAAGAGAAGCCAAGUAUGGGUUACUUGUAUGAGGCAAUUGAUAAGGCAAAUGAGACAAUAAAAAAGAAUUUUAAUAAUAGAUUGUCUCACUACAUGCCUUACAUUAAUGUGAUUGAUGCUAGAUUGGAUAAGCAACUUUAUAGCCCAUUACAUGCAGCUGGUUGCUUUCUUAAUCCAAGUAUUUACUUUAAACCUAGCUUCAACAAACAAACUACUGUUACGAGAGGUUUGCUUAAUACUUUAACAACAUUGAUACCGGAUGAGGAUAAGCAAGAUCUCAUUAGUUCCCAACUUGAGGAGUAUAAAAAAGCUAUAGGGACCUUUGACAUGAGUUUGGCUAUUCGUCAGAGAGAAAAGUUAAAUCCAGUUGCAUGGUGGGAUCAAUUUGGAACGGAUGCACUCGAAUUGCAAAAGUUUGCAAUUCGAGUGCUUAGCCAAUGCACAAGUGCAACUGAAUGUGAAGGGAAUUAGAGUGCUUUUGAUUUUAUUCAUUCCAAGAGGAGGAACAGGCUAGAGCAUGAAAGGUUGAAUGCCCUUGUAUUUGUUCGUUAUAAUUUGAAGCUUUGAGAAAAGUACAAUAUCUU